UCUCGCGAGAUUACGAAACGGCAAAGCGAUAAAGAGAAAAUGGAAGGCUGUGUUAGCUUACUAGCUGGCUAGCUGUGCGAACCCAUGAAUACAUGGAAAACUAAUCGAUAAGGUUCAAGCUUCAAAGAGUGACAAUUGGAAUGACUGCACAUCCUGAAAAUUAGACAUUUGCAGCCAUCUGUGACUUAUUUCUAGAGAGUUGUUAGCUGUAGAUGUCAAAAUAGACCCAAUGGAACAUAACACCGAUGGAUAUAAUGCAGAGGAAGAACAGAGCCAGUCAGAAGGGGCAGAGUCGAGUGUUAGGCCGACCAUGUCUCAGGUUAAAAAGUCAUGGGGCUUCAGGCGGACCACCAUUGCAAAAAGGGAGUUCUUGGAUGAAAUCGGAGACCUAACCAACAGUCCUCCGCUUGUACGCAGAGGCCGAAGCCGUCGAACCAACCAGACACCCCCGCCCACUCCAGAAACCCCCCCCACCCAGAGAGCUAAUAGUGCAACUAAGAGUGUUCUAGAUGAGCUUGAGUGGUCUGCCCCAUCAUCACCUGUGUCCGAGGAGAGCAAGCCGGCCUCCGAAGCUUCUGCAGGAGGGAGCCUUGACCCCAGCUUAUGGCAAGAUUUUGGGUCUGCCUUCCACACUGCCUUCUCACUGCUCGGCGGGAAUGAAGGCUUGUCAAUAGAAAUGUCAGAUGCUCUGGCAGUUCCCGACAUUUUGGAAGCCACUGAUGCCACCGAGGCUCCUCCUCCAGAGGUUAUAGAAGACACAGAGGUGCCUGAUAAUAUUGAAUCUGCUGAUGACAUGGAGAUCUUGCGACCUGUUACUCCUGACAAUGAGGCAGGAGGGGACAUCGAUGAUGUGGUGUUGAUUUCUAGUCAAGAAGAGGACAGUGAUGAAAUGACUCUGAUACAGAUUAAAGAGCAACUGAUAUCAAAAGGCAAGCAGGGAGACACGAGAGCUAGAGGGGGUAGAGGUGGAAGAGGCAAGGCCAGAGGAAGGGGGAGAGGCAGAGGAAGGGGAAGAGGUAGAGGAAGGGGCAGAGGGAGGGGCAGGGCCGCUGCGCUUCAAUCACACAUUGUACAUGAUGAGGACAACGAUGAUGAGGUGGUGCUUGUUAAUCCAGCUGAACAGUUGCAGGAGGAAAAAGAAAAUGAUCCACACGGCUCUGCUGAAACGGAGAUAUCCUCUACUAACUCUGAUAUCACUCUCAGUCCCACUCAGCAAUCAAGCUCAGACUGCAUACUCAUAGACACUGAUUUAGACCAGGUUACUGAUGUGACUCCUGGUCAGUACGAUGAUGCACCAGAGGAGGAAGAGGAGGAGAAGAUAAGCGAAAAGAAGUGUUCAGGCAUAUCAGACACAGAGGGCUCUGACUCCAAUGCUCUGUACUGCAUCUGUCAACAAAAACAAGAUAAAAGGUUCAUGAUCUGCUGUGACAAAUGCCAGGACUGGUUCCACGGCGACUGUGUUGGUAUCACUGCGGCACAGGGCCGUAAGAUGGAGAGGAAAGGGGAAGAGUACAUCUGCCCUCCUUGCACUACAAAGAAGCGAAUCCAGCUUCAACCGAAGCUUUACUUUAAACCGCAGCCUGAGCUGAGCUAUCCUGAAUGCUUGACGCUGAGUCUUGCUGGUGGAGAACAGGAGGAGGGCCACGAGGAGCAGCAGCAAGUCCUCAAGGAGACUGUGCUGGUGUUGGACGAGGAGGAGGAGGAGGCUCCUAUGACGAGGCCAGAGCCUCAGCCUGAGCCGGAGCCUCAGCCGGAGCCGGAGCCUCAGCCAAAAGCUAAAGCUGAGCCUGAAGCUGAGAUGGAGACCGAGAGCUUGCUUCCUCUGUGCAUUGGGCCCGGGUGCUCCAGACAAGCCCUACAGGACUCUGUUUAUUGUGGCACUGACUGUAUUCUGCAGCACGCUGCCGUCACCAUGAAGACUCUCUCUGGUCCCAAGGUGCCCAACUCCAGAGGACGGCCACCAAAAAAAGCUGUCACUGCCCGACCCGCUGCUAAGGGUCAGAGGUCGGGUAGGAUCUCUAAGAGAUUAGCAGAAAAGGCUGAGGAGGAAUGUGAAGAGGAGGAGGAGGUGAAGGAAGAUGAUGGGCAGGAGGAGGCUGCAUCUCCCUUAGCCUGCGACCCCAGUCUCACAGAAGUGCAGGCCACUUCCAUACCAUCAUCUAAGUUAAACACAGCGUCUAUUAAGGACAGUAAAGAGGAAGAGGCUGAUGGUGAGGCUGUUACUCCAUCAAAACCACCCCCAGAGGACACCUCAAAAGAUGCCGCUCCCGCCUCCCAGUCUGCAUCUGAGUCGGGAUGCAGGCUGGGACCGCAGAGCCACUCUCAAGGAAAGGAGCCAAUCAACAGUGGGGUGCCUGAGCAGCAAUCUGCAGAAUCAGAUCUUGCGAUACCACCCAAAGCAGCAAAAUCUAGUCCGUCUCCAUCCCCAUCCACCUCGGCUCCCAGACAUCAUGAAACGGGCGCUCUUAUGGUGACUAAAACCACGUACGUCAUCCCAAAGAGGCAGCCUGGACCCCAGCCUCCGUCCAGCCAUGUGUCGUCCUCGGCAUCGGGCCAGAAGCCUUCCUCGGCCCCCGCGCUGCUGAACGAAACCAGAAAUCUGCUGGUGCCACCGGCACCCAGCGCUCCCUCCUCCAGACCCUCUCAGCCCAAUAACCAGGUCCGACAGAGCAUCCAGCGUUCCCUCUCCAGCAUCCUGUUUAAGAGGUUGUGUGAUUGUGACGAUUUGGAGAUGUCCGAGAGUGAAGUUGCGAAGCUCGUCGCGAGCAUCGAGAUGGAGAUGUUUGACAUAUUUCGCAACACAGACAGCAAAUACAUGAACAAGUACAGAACUAUAAUGUUCAACCUGAAGGACCCAAGAAACAAGGGUCUGUUGUGUCGGGUCGUACGUGGAGAGAUCAGCCCUUUCAGACUGGCUAGGAUGAGCCAGAAGGAUAUGCAGGCUACCAAAGCAUCAGAGCCAAGUGCGAAAGAAACAACAGAGGUUAAGGAUUCUGCUGCUAAAGCGACAGGUUUGCAGCAGAAGCCUGAAGCGGUGAAGGUUGAUUUGCCCAGUUUGAAUCCCGCUAGACCCAAUAGAAGCACGGUUGCUUUCCAGGAACAGAAGAAAAGUCUUCCUGCUCCUGCUCUCAAGACCAGAACAAGCCAGCCAAGCCAGAGAAGUGCUCUACCAGAUAUUCUCGCCUGCAUGCUGAAGGACACAACUUCGGAGCACAAAGCUCACCUCUUUGACCUGAAAUGCAAGAUAUGCACAGGUCAAAUGCUAGUUGGGGAAGAAGAGGAACCCGCAAAGAAAAAACCCAAGGUUUCUGAAACGAGGGAUAAAUAUGAACCCCCUUGGAGAAAGACUGCAGGAGAUGACUCCCCUCUGCGUGGGCCACCCGACUCACCGGACAUGGAUUCGCCGACAUCAUCCCUAAUUGACCCUUCAUCCCGUCUUAUUAUUGACGCUCCAGCAUUAACUAUUGUAGAAUUUCCUGCUUCCCCAGUAAUGGACUCUCCAGCCUCCCCUACUUUAGACUCUCCGGCUUCCCCUGUCAUGGAAUCCCCCGCAUCCCCAACUCCAGACACUUUUAAAACUGCUACACGAAAGAGAGCAUACACACCAGUUGUGAUCCCUGCCGUCUCCACUGUAACUAUCACAAGGCGUGACCCCCGCACCGCAGCAAGCAGGUUCUCUGCUUUUUCCAGUUGCACCACUGGUCCCAGUAACACCACUCGUAACCAAUCGGUCCCUUAUGCUCCUCUUAAAGAGACUAUCACUGCAUCUCCUUUAACACGAGCCCCCUCUCCACCACCAACGAAACCAUUACCUAAAUCUAUCUUGACGAAACCGUCUUCCUCUGUGGAUCCCAGACUCUAUGGCACAUCCUCAAGGACCGUGAUCUCUGAAUCCCCAGCUGAUGGUGAGACCUCUCAGUUCUUAGCCAAGCAAGACAUUGUGUGGAAAGGCUUCCUAAAUAUGCUCUCUGUGGCCAAGUUUGUCACCAAGGGAUAUCUGAUUUCAGGACCUGCUGAGAAUCUCAAAAUGGAUCUACCUGAUACCAUACAAAUUGGAGGACGAAUCCUGCCUCAAACAGUAUGGGAGUAUGUUGCGAAACUAAAGAGCUCUCUUACAAAGGAGUUAUGUGUGAUCCGUUUUCACCCUGCAACAGAGGAGGAAGAGGUGGCCUAUGUCUCCCUGUUCUCCUAUUUCAGCAGCAGAGGACGUUUUGGUGUGGUCGCCGAUAGCAACCGGUCCAUCAAGGAUAUAUACCUUGUUCCACUCAGUGCAAAGGAACCAAUCCCAUUAAUGCUACAACCUUUUGAUGGACCAGGGCUUGAAAAAAACAGGCCCAAUCUUCUCCUGGGUCUGGCAGUCAUCCAGAAGGCAAAACGUCCAGGAAGCUUGCCUCAGGAAAUUGAAGAGAAGAGACCAAAAGUUAAUAUGUCCAAAGACCCGAUGUGGAUUCCAAAACCCCCAGUCCUCUAUGGUUCAGACAAAUUGGAAAUAUUUCAACCAUACAAUCCAGAGACUCCUGCGAGCACCACACCUCCUGGCACACCACCUUGCCCUGGUUCACCAUCAGACUCUUCUGGCUCAGUGACCAUGCCACCUAGUUUGAAUUAUAUUAGAACACACCCUCCUGUUUCUACCUCAGCUGCUGUUGCUGCCACUCAGUCCACCAUCUCUGACAAGAAUCCCACAACAACGUCCAGUAAUAAGACACCGCUGCAGACUAUCUUAAAGAGUUUGUUCGGCAAUAAGCAAACUGACUCUGUGGUCUCUUCUGACAGAAGUUCUACGACGACAACACCAACAGCUAGUCUGAAGAAGGGCCCAGUGUUUUCUCAGGUGUCUCAAUCAAUGGUGGAUCCAAUUGUCCAACAGUAUGGAAAGAAAUCCAAAGUAAAAAAAAUGGUAGAAGAAAAUGAAUUUGACCGGCCUUAUGACCCAGAAGAGGAGUAUGAUCCAGCAAUGGGAUAUGGACAGGUUGCCCCUAAGAGGAUAGAAACAAUUAAGGCAGAUGGCCCUGCCCUAUCUGGCUUUGUAGAUGAUGGUGUGGCCUAUGAUCCAGAGGACGAGACCAUCUUUGCCGAUAUUCAAAGUGAUGUAGCAAAGCCACCUGUUUCAACUCAAACAUCAGAUUCUCCAUCAUCCCCAACCACAAUUUCUACCCAGAUUGUAACGCCAGCUCCAGCACAAACUUCCACCCCAGCUGGAGUAAUUCAGAACAUUCCUACAGGCACUGUGGUUGUCUCAGCUGCAACACUAACUGAACAACAGCGGAUGCUUGAGGAGCUCAAUAAGCAGAUUGAAGAGCAAAAACGGCAAUUGAAGGAGCAGGAAGAAGCACUACGUCAACAGAGAGAGGCUGUGGGUAUGUUCAUGGCUCACUUUUCUGUUUCUGAUUCCCUGAUGUCUCCCCCACAGAAAUCUUUGCCUCUCAGUCAACUGUCAGUAUCAACAGACAAGACCAGCAACCUUACAGACACUGUGGAAAGUUCAAAUGUGGAAUUACAAACUGUUAAGCUUGAAGACUUACCAGCCACCCCUAAUUUAGAAAAUGAUACAGAUACUGUUCAAGAGCAAGAUGAAACGCAGGACAAUGUGAAGGAAAAUGACAAUUAUUCCUCUGCUGGGGAGAUUGAAGAUUCUGAUGUAGCUUAUGAUCCUGAGGACGAAACACUUUUUAAUGAAAUGCAAGAUGAUGUAUUUCAAGGAGGCAGUUUAAAGACUUGUGAUUCAUCUUUGUUUAGAACAGGACAUAGUUCCGGCCGCAAGGGCACUCUUAAUUCAUACCACAGCAGAAAGCAAAAGCCAUCACCAAAGAAGCGAAGUCAUCGUGAAAGAGACCGCCAUAGAAGUCCUUCAAGAAGAAAUCAGCAGCGUUCUCCUUCACAUUCUCGGAGACGUAGGGAAAGGGAUAGACAUAGAAGAGCUGAAAGGGAGAGGUCAAGUCAUCGAACUAGAGAGCAGUCUGAACGCCAGGGUCGGCACCGUAAAGAGCAUACUACACGCCGACAUUCUCAUGGGCGUAAAAGAUCCCCAUCAUCUCCUAGGAUAAAAGAUUCAGGGUCCCUUUCACCAAAGCAGAGCAGGGGACUUUCCCCACAAGUCCUUGAGAAAUCAACUGCUUUAAAUGUUCUAUGUAAUGCUCCAGACUCUUCAGACUCUGUUGUUGGUCAACUUGUAGAGAGUAACACAUCAUCAUUUACCUUGCUUCCUAUUAAAUAUGAGCCUGAUGGACAUAAAAGUAAUCUAGUCGAGAAUGCUGUUAAAGGCUUUUCUCCUUUUUCACAUGAACUUCAUCACAAUGUGAAGCUUGAAACUUCAGAACCACCACAACCCCAGGAGCCUAAAAAAACUUCAGUCAGUGGCCAUGAUGACACAAGUAAUGGAUCUUCUACACAUGUGGAUAAACCCCCUAAACAGGAGACUCUAUUUAUGAGCAAAAUGGAAAGUUCAAUUCCUCUAAGAGAAAUUGAUCCACCCAUUCGAGAUUCUCCUCAGAGCCCUGAUCCAGAGCCACAGUUUGUGAAACCUAACCGCAUAGAAAAUAGUAUCGCUGUAAAAAUUGAGGAAAUCCGAGAUCCUUUGACGAAUACCAGCGUCUCGACGCAACAUGUUAAAGUUGAAAAUAAUGAUCUGCCUAUUGGAGGUCAAACAACAAUGUCCAAUAUGCUGUGGUCUUCUGAUGGAGGUCCAAUAUCAAAUGUUAGCGAUAUUGGUUUGAGAGCGCUAAAUCUUAAAUGCCCAGGUGAGGCAGACAAACAGAUAGAAGGUGGUAUUCCAGACUUAAAGCAUCAAGAUGUACUGCGUCAAAGGGGAGGAAUUUCAAAUCAAGCUACAGGCAAAGAUGUUAAGGGAACUGAAAUAGACUAUGUGCGAAAGCAUCCAGGACCGGGUAUGAGUGGUCCAGAACUUGGACAUAGAGGUCCACAGAUAGAUCGUAGGGAGGCAGGAAUUGGAUUCCCAGGGCCUGAUAUGAGAGAUCCAGGCAUGCAAGGCAUAAGUCCCAACAUUUGGGGUCAUGGAUCACACACACAAAACCUAUAUAGUAUGCAAGGUGUGAACCCAGAAGUAAAAGGACUAGGCCCUGAUAUGAGACAAAGCGAUACAGAAAUGAGAAGACAAUUUAGUUUCGCAGCUGUCACGGAGAUAGAAGAUAGGGCUCCAGAUAUUAUAGGAAGAGGUUGCGGCCAAAAAGAUAGAGGUGAAAAUCCACAUACUGGAGGUAUGAGAUCUGCUAUGGCUGGUGGUUUUCGAGAUCCAAGUCCAGAUAUAAGGAGACCAGGUCCAUCUUUUAGGGGUUCAGGGGGAGCUCAAAGGCAAUCUAGGCAUGAUGGCAGUCCAGCUUUAGAGGUAAGGGACCCUUCAAAAAGGUGUUUUCAGGGUCAUGGAAGAGAUGCAGACAUGAGCAGGACGGGUGGUGUUCAAGAGAGGAGUUUAGAUUCAAAUGCAACUACAGUUUUAGAGAGUAGAGUUCUAAGAGCAGUGACAGAUGAAAGGUGGGGCCUACAAAGAGGGCAAGAUGUACCCAUGAGAGAACCAGGGCCAAACAUAAAAUAUGAAAGUUGUGAACAAGACAUUAGUGGGCCUAGAGAACAAUUCAAGGCACCACAGCCUGAUAUUUGGGCUGAAAGGAGUGGACAUGGCACUGACCGGAGAGAAUCAGAAACUAUGCAUGAAUUAAACAGACCAGAAAGCAGUUAUAUGCAGCCUGGUCAAGAUAUGGGUAGUCUGGGUGGCUCAGAUACAAGAGGUGAUGGCUUUCCAAACAUUGCAAAUCCAGAUUGGAGAGGUCCAGGACCAAGUGUUGUUGGCCCUGAUAUGAGGGGCCCUAGAAAUCAAGAUAAAUGCCUGGUUUCACAUAUGAGGGGUCCAGAUUGGAGUGGCCCAGGAUCAGACAUAAGAGAUGACUGGAGAGGGCCAGAUAGAAGAGGAUCAGGUUCAGUCAGAGGAGGACCAUUUGAAAAUGAAGUGAGAAUUCAUCAGCCUGCUAGAAAAGGUAAACACGUGGAGGGCCAGGGACCUGACAGAAGAGGUGCUAGAGACCUAGACAUUAGAGAACCAGAGUCUGAAAUAAGUGUUCCAAACACGGAGGACCUCAGGCAUGACAAAGGACCAGGAGGUGCAGAUUUCAUGGUGGUUCAAGUGCCUGAAAGGAGCGGUCCAACUAGGAGCAAUUUAGGACCUGGUAUGCUAGGACCAGGGGGUCCAGCCUUUUUGGGACCAGGACUUGAAAGGACAAGGCUUGCUAUGGAGGGUCUGGGGCCUACCAAUAGGGGACCUGGUGGUACACAUUUCAGAGGACUAGGACCUGAAAGAAAAUGUCUCGCUAUAGAGGGUCAGGGACCAGACGUGAGUGGACUGGCAGGUCCAGAUUUCAAUAGAUCAUGGCCUGAAAGGAGAGGACCUGAUAUGGUUGGUCUAGGGCCUGAAAGGAGAGGUCCAGCUAUGGAGGGUCCUGUACCCGGUCCAGAUUUCAGUGAACUGGGACCUGAAACAAGAUGUUUAUCUAUUGAGGGUGCUGGUCCUGACAGAAGAGUACCUGGAGUUCCAGAUUUCAGGGGACUGGGCCCUGAAAGGAGAGGUAAUGCUAUGGAGGGUAUUGGGCCUGACAGGAGAGUACCUGGAGUUCCAGAUUUCAGGGGACUGGGCCCUGAAAGGAGAGGUAAUGCUAUGGAGGGUAUUGGGCCUGACAGGAGAGCAUCUGGAGGUCCAGAUUGCAGGGGUCCAGGGCCUGAAAGCAGAGAUUUAUCCAUGGAGGGUCCUAGGCCUGAUAGGAGAGGACCUGGAGGUCCAGAUUUCCGGGGUCCAGGGCCUGAAAGCAGAGGCAUGUAUAUGGAGGGCCCUGUGCCUGUCAGAAGACGACCUGGAGGUCAGGAUUUAAGGGGACCAGGGCCUGAGAGGAGAGGAUCUGAAGGUCCAGAUUUAAGGGGACCAGGGCUUGAGAGGGGAGGUCCAGCUAUGGAGGGUCCUGGGACUGACAGGAGAGGAUCUGGAGGUCCAGAUUUCAGGGGACCAGGGCCUGAAAGUAGAGGCUUAUCAAUGGAGGGUUGUGGGCCUGACCAAAGAGGACCUGGCGGUCCAGAUUUCAGAGGACCACGACCUGAAAAGAGAUGCCAAGCUAUGGAGGGUGCUGGGCCUGACAGGAGAAGACCCGGAGGUCUAGAUUUCAGGGGCCCAGGGCUUGAGAGGGGAGGUCCAGCUAUGGAGGGUCCUGGGACUGACAGGAGAGGAUCUGGAGGUCCAGAUUUCAGAGGAACCAGACCUGCAAGAGGUCCAGCUAUGGAAGGUUCUGGGCCUGACAGGAGAGGACCUGGAGGUCCAGAUUUCAGGGGACCAGAUCCUGAGAGGAGAGGUCCAGCAAUGGAGGAUCCUGGGCUUGAUUGGAGAGGACCUAUAGGUCCAGAUUUCAGAGGAUCAAGGCCCGAGAGGAGAAGUUUAUCUAUAGAGCGUCCUGGGCCUGAUAGUAGAGGUUCUGGGUGUCCAGAUUUCAGAAGCCCGGGACUUGAAAGGAGAGGUCCUCCUAUGGAGGCCCCAAGACCUAACAGAAGAGAUCCAGAUUUCAGGGGACCAGUACCUGAUAGAGAAGGUCCUACCAUGGGCGGCCUCUGGCCUGUCAGGAGAGAACCAGAAGUUCCAGAUUUUAGUGGGCCAGGACAUGAAAAGAGGAGUCACACCAUGGACAGUCAAGAAAGGAGAGGACCAGGGGGUCCUGGUUUCCAGGGACCAGGGCAUGACCGAAAAGAUCUAGCUAUGGAUGGACUAAGGCCUGACAGAAGAGGACCAGGAGGUCCAGAAUUUAGAGGGCCUGGGUGUGAAAAUAGAGUUCCCUCGUUGAAAGGACAAAGACCUGACAGGAGAGGUCUAGGAGAUCAAACCCCUGAUAUACAUGGUGCUGACAUGAAGGGACCAUAUGUGAGAGGUCCAGGGACUGACUUUACUGGAAUGAGGCCUGAAAGAACUGGUCCAGGCAUAGAAGGCCCAGGGCCUGAUGGAAGAGGACAGAGAGGACCACACAUCAGGGGUCUCGGGCCAGAAAGUGGACAACCAAAUAUUGAGGGCCCAGGGCCUGACAGGAGAGAUCCUGUUAUCGAGGGACCAAGGCCAGAAGGACCAGGUUCCAGUAUUGAUGGUCUGGGGUCCAACAGGAGAGUCCCAGGAGGUCCAGACAUGAGGAGACCAGAGCUUCAGUAUUCAGAUCCAAACAGAGAGGGCCCAGGAGCUGACAGGAGAGGUCCAGAAGGUCCACAUUUCAGAGGGCCUGAGCCAGGAAGAAGACCUCUAAAUAUGGAGGGUCCAGAGUCUGAUUGGCGAGGUCCACCUAUCAGGGGUGCAAGGCCUGAAAGAACUGUUAUGGAGGGUCCAGGGCCUGAUAGGAAACGUCCAAGAGGUCCAGAUUUUAGAGGACUGGGUUGUGAAAGUAGAGGUCGAGACAUUGAUGGCCCUGGGCCUGGCAAACAAGAACCUGUAGGCUCAGGAUUCAGGGAGCCGGUGCCUGAAAGAAGAGGUCCGGACAUGGAGAGCCUUGGUCCAGAAUGCAGAAGAUCUGGUGGUCCAGACUUUAGAGGCCCAGGCAUCAGACAGAAAGGUAUAAGACCCAGAAGAGAUGACUGGGAGGGGGCUGACUUAAGUGGUUCAGAACCCAGACAUGAUAUUGAGGGCCAAGGAGCUGAUAGAAUAGGACGACACUUGAGGGGUUCAAGGCCUAUAAGGGGAGGCAUUAGAAUACCACAGCCAGAUAUAAGCAGUCUAAAUCACGGAGACAGAUGGAACGAGCCAGACUUCAGGGUCUCUGCACUUGAUAGAAGAGGCACAGACACAGAGGAGCAAUGGUCCGAUGGAAGAGGGCCCAAUAUGGAGUCUGUAGGAAAUGAAAGGGAAUGUUCAGGAAAUGAUUGGAAAAUACAUGGCAACAGAGGUCCAGGCCCCAUUCAAGAAGGUCUAGGUGAGCAGGUUCAAGUACAUAGUAGGCAUGGUUCUUGUGGGGAAUGGAGAGGCCCUGAAAGUAGGGGGCCAAGGUUCAUACAGAAAAGACCAACUAUGCCAUUUCCAGGGCCAUUGAGAGGUCCAGGAGAUGAUUGGAGUGGUCCUGUUUGCCGCGGCCCAGGGCCUAUCGAAGGUGACCAAGAUAUAGUUUGCCCAGGGCCUGGUAGGGGAGGACCUGGAAAUGGAAGGAGAGAGCCAGAAAGAGGGGGUGCUGGAUCAAAUAGAAGGGGGCGUGGACCAUUUUUCAGUGUGGAAAGAGAUCCAGAUAAUCAAGGGCAAGGCUGUGAUAGAAGAGGUCCAAAUAUGGGAGAACCAGGAUCAGAUAUGAGAGGGGAGCAUAUUGGGAAUGACUGGAUGCAGCCAGAUUCAAGGGCUACUAUGAGAAGGGGGGGUUACAGGGGAUCUCCAGACUUGAUCAAUUCAUGCCCAAACAGGAGCGAUUUUGAAGUGGAAGGUCUUGAUAGAAGAGGCCCCAGAGGCCCAGAUUCAAGAUACUCAGGGCCUGUAAACAGAAAUUCAAACAUUGAAGGUCCAGGGACCGAUGAGGGGUUUUCAGAUUGUGGGGGAUUCGGAUCUGAAAGGCAGGGUGUAGACAUAGAAAGCCCGAGAACAGGUAGACCAGGAUUUGAGCAUGAUUUUAGGAGGGGAAGUAGACGUCCAGCUAUGAGAAGGCUAGGGCCUGGUAAAACAGAUAUUAGAGGAGCCCCUGAAAGUUCAAAUAUAAGACAUGGGCAUGAGUGGAGGGAUACAAACACUGAGGGUCCUAGGUCUGAUAGAAGACAUCCAGAUAUGGGCCCAGGGUUAGACUCAAGAGAAUUUGAGCCAGCCAUGAAGGAUGACAUGCAAGGGUCAAAUAUAAGGGGCCCAGGAUGUGAUAGCAGAGGGCCAGACAUGACAUCAUCACCUCAUUUCAAUAGUCCUCAUCUAGUUGACAGUUCUCAAGGCCCUAGGGAUCCACAUUCUGCAACAUACAAUGGACCCCUAGGUCCAACUCAAAGCAGAGGAGGAAAUUCAUGCCCCAGUUUUGACAAUGUACAAAAUCAACAUGCAGUAAAACCCCAGAGACCCAGAGCUGCCUUGCUUCCCACUCCAACAGAAGGUCUCAUACGCUUUCCGAAUCAUAUGAUCAACAAUCCUGAUGUCCCUAGCCCAAAACGGAAAAAAAUAGAUCACCCAGCAGACAGAACGUGGAGUCGAGGUAGAUCAGUGAGUCGAGAGCAAGAGUUGAUCAAAGGGCAGGAGAAAAGUCCUGCUGGUAAUAUGAGCACACCGGGAAAUGAAAAGAUAGGGGAUGGAGAACAAAAAAAGGAAGUGGGCAAUAAAACUGGUAAACAGGAUACAUGUGUAGAAACUAAAACUAAUGAAAGUAUUGACAGCGAUGUCAAAUCGAGUUAGACACUGGCUAAAAUCAUAACGCAUGGACCCCUUAGGACAGACAGUAAGGCUGUCAAACUAGACCUGCAAAAAGUCUCCGUAUCGUCAACCUGAAUAGAAAUACUACAGCAUAAACACUGAAUGUAUUUUUUCUCAAGGAAAGCGUUUGUCCAUGUCUUAUUAAAAUUUCAAAAAGACCUAGAUGCAAAAUAAUGUGGACAUUGAGAUCAGACAUUGUAGCCUGAUAUGAAAAUGCUCUGAGGUAUUUAAGUUAACUAUAUUCUAGUUUGUCUUGCAUUCAAAAUAGAUGCAUUUUGUUGUUGUGUUUUUUUUAAAUUGGAUUAUGACUAAAUGCCUCUUAAACUUAAUCAAUCACUUCAACUGGAUGUGCAUUUCUAGUUGGAAAUGUUAUGAAAUGUUUUGUACAGAGAAUGUACAGGUUGUGUUUGUUUUUUUGAUUUUUAACAUAAUUAUAGUGUCAGUACAGUAGCCUAUAUCUGGCUUUUAUGUUCUUCUGCUGAUAAAAAAUGCCUUGUUUAAUUGUUCUUUUAGAAUGCAAGAGGUCAAUAAAAUUAUAUACCUUUUUA